CACCUGUUUUUAUAAAAAUAAGGUUAUAUUUAAAUAAUAGCCGCUUCUUUAGUCAUAAUUUAUAUUUUUUAUACGUAAUUAUAUAAUAAAGUAUUAAAAUAAUGGAACGAGGUGCAUUUUUAGUACUCGAAGGCUGUGAUCGUGUUGGUAAAUCAACACAGGUAAAACGACUUGUCAAAGCACUCAAUGACAGAGGAAUAAAAGCCGAAUCUCGUGGAUUUCCUGAUCGUAAAACAACAAUAGGAAAUAUAAUUGAUCAGUUUUUAUCAUCAAAAAAAGAUCUAGCACCUGAAGCAGUUCAUUUAUUAUUUUCAGCAAAUAGAUGGGAAUGUAGUAAUGAUCUAAUUAAGACACUCAAUUCUGGAGUAACGCUUGUAGUAGACAGAUAUGCAGCAUCUGGAGCAGCUUACUCGGCAACAUCGACUAAAAAAAGUCUUUCUUGGUGCAAAGAACCAGAUCGUGGUCUACCGGCACCAGAUCUCGUGGCUCUCAUUACAACUGAUGAGAAAACUAUCAUGUCACGUGAAGGAUGGGCCAAUGAACGCUUUGAGCGUAGAGAUUUUCAAAGAAAAGUCGCGGAUAAUUUUUUGAAACUGAAAGAUGACACGUGGAAAAUUAUAUCAGGGGAUCAAAGUAUCGAUGACAUUCAUCAAGUAUUACUAGAAGAAGCUUUAAAAAUAAUUAAACAAGUUCAAAAUAGUCCUAUCAAUCAGCUGUAUGAUUCUCAAUCUUAAUUAGUACAUUGUGUGACAAGGAGUGAAACAACACGACUUUAAACCAGGGAGGUUGGCUGACAUUACCUGCAGUGACAUCGGGUUUCAUUCUGAGUUACACACUAGAUUUUUCAUGAUUACCUGCAUUGGGACUUGAAGUUUCAGUGUCAGCAGCCAGUCAGAAAUAAUUUAAGGUUUAAAUUGCGAAAGCCUUCAGUCAAUGAGCAGAUACAUUAUUUGUUUGUUCCCUCGGGACGAAACAAGUUUGUUUUUACCACUGAUUAAAGACAUUUACAAUUUAUACGUCUGCUAAUAUUAAUUCGCGGCAGUGGACUGAAAUUCGCUUAUUUAAACUGGCUCUAGACACUGAAACUUCAAGUUUCGAUCCCGGUAUCAUAAGAAAUUAAUUAAUUAUCAUCUAAUACGUAUUUAAUACAAAACAAUAUUGUUUAUUCAAUUCUUACAAUACAUAAUAAAUUACUAUUUUUGAAAUGUA